CUUUCCAAACAGACCAAAGACCGGCCAAAUAUAAACUUCAUAAGGGUGACGAAUUGACAAUAUCGUCAUCCUUAGAACUUUCUCUCACUGUGUUUAAGCCUUGCGCAGGGAACUUGCCUAGGCAUUUCUUUCUGCUAAAUAGUAAAGACCAAGGCUUUCCAAUUUCCACAAGCAAAACAAAAUUUUAUUUGGACAAAAGCUCAAUUCCGUCUGUCAUACGUUGUUUUUUGCCAUCACCUACUACAGAAUUUUGUGCACUCACUGCAUGAAUAUAAAAUAGCUGGCUAGCUCAAUAGAAGGCCACAGACUUACAAGCACUUCUCCUUCAAGCCUUGUUAGAGAGCUGAGGUUGGAGUCAAGAUUUAAGAACAAUUCAUUCCAGCUCAACAUUCGUCAUCCAUAUUUAAGCAUAGAACGAACUUAUGAUUACAGAAAUGGUCCAGCGUCUACGAGAGAUGUUGUUGUUUUUCUUGUUAGCAGUCUUUUCUAAGGCAACAGGUGCUAAGCCUUUUUGGAGGUAUAGCGUGCCACCAGGAGGGGCACAAGACAAUGCUAGCUACUGCCUGAGCUGGAGGCUGGCAGUGGAGGCCAACAACAUGCGGCCAUGGCGCACAGUCCCGAGACAAUGCCUACACCACCUAGAGACUUACAUGAUCUGUGGACAGUAUGCAAGGGAUGUUGACUUGAUCGUGGAGCAAAUCUUAACUUACAUCAAUGAGCUAGUUCUCACUGGUGAUGGCAAGGAUGCUUGGAUUUUGGAUGUUGACGAUACCUGUAUCUCUAAUGUCUUUUACUAUCGGGGAAAAAGAUUCGGGUGUGACCCCUACGAUCCAGCUGGAUUCAAGGCAUGGGCACUAAGAGGAGAUUGUCCAGCCAUUCCAGCCAUUCUUGUACUGUUCAACAAGUUGGUUGAAGAUGGAUUCAAAGUGUUCCUGCUUACAGGCAGAGACGAAGAGACCCUUGGCCAAGCCACUUUCGAUAAUUUACAUACUCAGGGAUUUAUCGGCUAUGAACGUCUAAUUAUGAGGACUGCAGCUAACAAGGGACAGAGUGCUGUGACAUACAAGUCAGGAAUACGGCAGCAACUAGAAGGAGAAGGUUACAGGAUAUGGGGCAAUAUAGGAGACCAAUGGAGUGAUCUACAAGGAGAAUGUUUGGGCAAUCAGACUUUUAAGAUACCCAAUCCCAUGUAUUUUAUUCCCUAAGUUCAAAUAAAAGUCUAAGAGAGUUAGCCUCAGGCAGAUUCACUUGACUUUGUAACAUUGUCCUUCACCAAUCCAAAAGACUGAGAAAGAUCAGGCAUAAGUAGCAAUGGUUGUUCACUCAAUAAUUAGCAAUGAUUGUCAUUUGUCAGCCAA